CGGUGAUUGACAGUUGGCGAACGACUGCGGACGGCGCAGGAUCUAAACGUUAGGCGCUUCACGCUCGCUCGCUCGCUCGGUCGGUCGGUCGGUCGGUCGAACGAGAACGGUCGCUUUUAACGCGGUUGUUUGGUUUAUAAUAAAAAUUGUAAUUGUUACCGAGUUGAUAACAUCGUCGUGCAGCGUUGAUGAUAAAAGCAACAAGAUAAAAUAAAUAAAUAAAUAAAUAAAUAAUAAUCAUAGAAACGAAAAAGGGGGAUAUCAGAGUAAAGGGGAAGAAAAAGUUUGUAACAACACGUAUUUACGUAUUAUUUCUGCGAUACAUAUGUUUCCAUACGUAUACCUGUGUGUGCGGACUUAACAUUUACCACGCACUUUCCCAUGCAGCUGCGUUGAACGAAAUGAUUCCAAUACCUCGACGUUCACUCUGACAACCUUUGAGAAUACGACUGCGAAAUAAGCUGGUGGCAGGUCGCGAGCAGAUAAUAUUUAUAAAGUUACGGUGCAGUGCGGUAACCGGUUUUUCCUUAGUUUUUUUUUUUUUUCUUCUGUCUUCUAAAUAUUACAAACAACGAAACUAUAAACAGAAGGUGAAGAUAAUGAUAUAGUUGAUACCCCACCCCCACCUGCCCCGCCCCCAUCGGUAAUUACCGCAUUACAAGUGAUAACAGUUCGGUAUUUGAUUGUUUUUUUUCGUCUGACAUCAAUUAUUUCGAAUCGAUUCGCCGAUCGAAAAAUACCACACGGUUUCGAAGGAGAGACGCAACCGCGCGCGAUUUGCGUCCACGUGAGAAAUUUUAUCACCACAACGAGAUAAUAAAAUUAUUUAUUCCCCGGAACGGCUACGUUACAUAUAAAUAUAUAUAUAUAUACGUAUACGUGUAUGUUUAUAUGUACAUAUGUAUAUAUGUAUGUAUAUAAGGAGGCACAUGAACGUUACGAUUAUUGGAAAGUUGUGUUUAUCGGUAAAGGUACGCGGUACCGUGCUCCGAAAUCAUCAUCGUCGUCGUCACCACCAUCACCAUCGUCGUCUAGAAUCGCUGCUGUGCCCGAGUUGAGAUUCAAGUUGAAGUUGAAGUUUACGUUACGUUGAACACCCGCGUGCCACGGUUAUAACAGAAUUAUAUAUCAAAACAUAUACCACACAAACACACGCACAGUGGUGUAUGUACAUGCAUAUUAUACACACACGUACAAAUUAAUACGAAUUAAUACGGGGUGGACUAUUAUUAUCCGCUGGUGUUUGUGCUGUUUGUUUGUUUAUUUUUAACAACGUCGUUGUUGUAAUACAAUCAACGGCGAUAUCAACGUCGAAAGUUUGUGCGUCUUUUUAUUUCGAAUAUAUAUAUAUAUAUAUAAAAAAAAGUUUUUUCUUUUUCAAAUUUUUUUCUUCUCUACCGUACAAAUUCAACAACGGAUCCGAAUCACCGUGUAACGUUCGAUUUCGUCGACGUUCUUGUUCCUCUGUAAUAAUUAUCGUUAUCGUUCCUCGUACGUUGAUCUCUGACGCGAUCUACUUGAUGUCGUCGAUCGAUCCUGCUGAUCCUGCUGCUGUUGCCCUUGUCGUAACAGUUGAGCGAUCGCAAAAUAAGGAUAUAAACGAUCCAACCGAAGCUUCGACAGCGAUCGGACAUCUGCACUAUUGAGAGAAAAAUAAAGGGUGUUGUACCGACAGUAACGAAGAUCAACGGAUAUCGAAUAAAAAAAUUCCAAAAUCAUCCACGUAGGAUGAAGGAUACUCCAUAUUCUCAUCUCGAUGUACGAAUAUGUUUUAACGGAAGGCGCGUGAUCACUGGGGAUAAGUGAAAAGAAAGAAAAAAAGGAGAAUUUCUGUCAAAAAAAAGUAUCCUAGAAACUAGAAGAAGAUAGAAACACAACCUUCUCUUGUGAUACACCUGAAGCCAUCGAUUACGGAUAAUAUCGUGAAAUAAUAAUUUACGUGUGUUCAACGAGUGUACAUGACAACACCGAAACAACGCGUUGUUCGUGUUGUAUUAUCGAUAGCGAAAUAACACAAGAGGAAGAGAGAGAGAGAAAGCAGAAGAAAUAUUGUUGUAAUAAUAUAAAGUGAUAUCAAGUGCAACGAACAACUCCGAGAUAUAUCGUACGCACGUACGUGUAUGUGCAUUCGUCUCGUUGAAAUAAACGGAGUCGCAAGCGUAAUCGUAUAUAAUAUCGUGAUAUUUUUUUUGUUCGUGUUUCGCGUGUGCUUCGUUGGUAAUUAUUUUGAAAAAUUGAGGAAGAUCGAGGAGAGGAAGAAUACGUGCCGAUUUCUACGCGUGUUUUACCCGCGAGUUUUAAUUCGGUUUGUUUCGUCGGUUUUUUUUUAUUUUUUUCGCUUUCCUUCGUCGCGUUGCGUACCGAUGCCGAUCACGUGUGCACGAGUGGAGGAGGAGACGUGCAUUUAAACAGUUUUGCCGGAUCUGGAUCCGAUCGGAAAAGUCGAGGAACGACGAUCGCCGGGUUCGUUCGAUGUCGAAGAGCAUCGAGAAAAUCGCAUCUCAAUAAAUCUUGUAGAUAAUUCAGAGGAAUCGAAGUAAAACCGUGAUCAAUAUAGCCUCGAGAGCAACGGUGUUGAAAUUGCUUUCGGCUGCUGCUGCUUGCUGGUUUUGAGUAAAAAAAAUCUGGUUUUCUACUCUCAACGAUUGUCGUCAUUUUAAUCGUGGCUGUGAUGUUCGGCGACUGACGGUACCUGAAAUUACAAUUAAUAAUAAAGAAGAAGAUCGCUAAAAUUUUCAUCAAACUUAAAAGGCCGGUGGACAAAGCGUGAGAAGAGGAGGAACAAAAAUUUGAAGAAAACAAAAAAAACGACAACAACAACAACACCCAUCGACCGCAGUUGCGAUAAAUUGCAGUGUCGAAGAUGCGAAAACACGAGAACGUUUCUUCAUCUCAACCCGUUGUAACAGUGACGAAGUUGAAGAAGCUGUUUUGCUGACGUCAGUUUUCACUAUACGCCUGUAUUGUAAUAUUUAUUAAUUUUAAGUAAAGGAGGAAUCGACGCGACGUCGAUCGCAGUCAAAAGCCGGCGCUGUUCCGCUGCCUUGGCUGGAUGAUCAUCAUCAGUUUCGUCGACGAUUGACUGAGACACCGAACAAUAAUUAUAUUUAACGGAUACGCGGUGUGGUGUGUGUGCGCCGAAGCCUCGCGCUAGUCAUUCUCGUCCUAUAUAAACUUCUUCUUUAUUUUCAAUUUUUCUCAAUAACGAUAUUAAUAAAAAAUAUCGAUCCAACGACACGAAGAAGCGUGCAUACACAACGACAAGGUGGACGUUAACGAACUAUACGACGACCGCAAAGGAAACCCCGUCAAUCGAUUCGUUGGUCGAAGGGUUGAGUCAAUUCUCAAGUGAUCGCGAAAUAUAAAAAGGAAAAAAACGGAAAAAAAACUCUUGGAUAGUGUGCAGAUUAAAAGUGAAACUAAAACAAAUACAAUUGAACAAAUAAAUAAGUAAGGAAAAGUGUGAAGCGUGAAGUCAAUUGCGAGUGAGGGAAACACAGCCGCUACGGUGGCUCAGCACGCAGAGUUCCCCGGCGCGGCCAGGGCGUUCAUGGCUCAGCCAAGGUACGACGACGGCGGGCUGCACGGGGGAUACCUGGAGGGCGGAGGCGGGGGUGGUGCGGGUCUUUAUGAUCCACACGGCAGCGGACGAGGGGUACCGGGACUCCAUCAUAGCCCUCACCUCGGGGGAAUGGGUCCCGCACACCCCCAAUAUCCACCACCACCCCCACAACCCCCGCAACACGUCUUGGCCGCUGCUGCCGCAGCCGCAGCGUCAGCGGUACCCGAUGUCCACAAAAGAGACAAGGACGCCAUUUAUGGGCAUCCGCUGUUUCCACUUUUGGCAUUAAUAUUCGAAAAAUGUGAACUCGCGACGUGCACGCCACGAGAACCUGGAGUAGCUGGUGGCGACGUUUGUUCAUCAGAAAGUUUUAACGAGGACAUAGCAGUCUUUUCGAAACAGAUCAGACAAGAAAAACCUUAUUACAUAGCAGAUCCGGAGGUAGAUUCGCUGAUGGUCCAAGCGAUUCAAGUCCUCCGGUUUCACCUCCUCGAACUUGAAAAGGUUCACGAACUGUGCGACAACUUCUGUCACCGGUACAUAAGUUGUUUGAAGGGUAAAAUGCCGAUUGACCUUGUGAUCGACGAACGGGACAGUACGAAACCACCGGAGAUGGGUAACGGUUUGGACGGCGGUCCGAGGAGCACGGCGGACAGCACGAGUCAUACGGACGGAGCGAGCACCCCGGACGUAAGGCCACCCUCCUCGUCGCUAUCGUAUCCAGGACCUGGUGGAAAUGACGACGCACGCAGCCCCGGAAGCGGCGGUACUCCCGGACCCCUCAGCCAACAGGCGCCCACAAGCCUGGAUUCCUCUGACCCCGAUGCCAUGGGAAAAUGGUGUCCACGCAGAGAAUGGAGUUCGCCACCCGAUGCCCAAAGAGCUGCGAGCGACGCGGCGCGUCGGGGUGUCCUCUACUCCUCCGUUUUCCUCGGCAGUCCCGGUGACGCGAGUAACGCGAGUAUCGGUAGCGGGGAAGGUACAGGCGAGGAGGACGACGAUUCGUCGGGAAAGAAAAACCAAAAGAAGAGAGGAAUAUUCCCCAAGGUUGCAACCAACAUCCUCAGGGCGUGGCUCUUCCAACACCUAACGCAUCCUUACCCUUCGGAAGACCAGAAAAAGCAGCUAGCACAGGACACGGGGCUGACGAUCCUUCAAGUCAACAAUUGGUUUAUCAACGCGAGACGUAGAAUCGUACAGCCAAUGAUCGACCAGAGCAACAGAGCCGUGUUUCCACCAUUGUCAGCAGGUCCGAGCGGGGCUUAUAGUCCGGAAGCGACGAUGGGUUACAUGAUGGACGGACAGGCAGCCAGUAUGAUGCAUCGACCGCCGGGAGACCCAACCUUUCACAACCAGUACCACUACCCUCCCGAAUAUUACGGUCACCCCUUAUAAAGCUGAAGACGAAUACAUCUACCUACUACAAAGUGGCAGGAAAUGAAUUCGCGUUGAUCGCAGUUGCCGCAGGUUCUCGCGCGUUUUUACUAAAGAUUUGACAUGAGAAAAAAAAACAAAAAAAAAAAAACGAAUAAAUAAAUAAUAAACAAUAUCCAGGAUAACGUUGUCGAAAUAUCGUUAGUUUCUCCAGGUAAGAGAUGAUCAUCUUUCACGCAGUAUCAAUGCAUGAAUCCAUACAAAUCGAUCGAGAAAACCAAUAUUACCAUUUGGAAUCUCAUGACUACGAAGAUGACGUUUACAUCCUGAAUGAUCAAAUCGUUAAUAAAAAGUAGAGGGGAAAAAGAAAAACGCGUUUUGUGACCUCGCACACAAGUCUGUGAGGUGUAUCACAAUCGGGACGACGCCGGCUGCGUACGGUAAAAAAAAAAAAAAGGGGUAUUAAAAAAAGAGAAUAAUAUUAA